ACCACGACUCAGACUAGAGCGAUCAUGCGACUCAGACCAGGAGUGAUUGAGACAGUAGUUGUGCUUUGUUGUUUGGUCGGUGGUGUGGUGAGCUUCGCUACCCCCUCUCCAUGCCGGCAACGGCAACGCUGUCAACAACAUCAUCGUGAUCCCCUUCAACAGCAGCGGCGAGGAACUACUACAUGUAUGCCAUGUAGUACCACGCAUUACCGUGGUAGCGGUAACGGCAGCAGCAGCCGGAUAGCCGGCACCGGAGAUGACCCUCAGGAACCUGCCGCGGACCGCAUCGACAUCGAGGGAAUCGAGGCCAAGGGAGGCAAGGACGCCGCCGGAAUCUACGGUUUCGCCCGGGAGAUCAUCGAAAAGGAAGAGGCCUCGGCCCCCUUCCGGAGACUAAGACUAAUCGGAUACGCUGUGCCUGCCUUCAUUGCUAUCUUCUUGGCGGGCAUCUCUCUGGGAGGUAUGGCCGGAAUUGACGAGUUCAAGGAGGUCAGCGAGAACCUUCCCAACCCGCUCAUCGAUGCUGGCGUUGUCGGUGCGGCGUUUUAUCUCUGGGUGGAAGAGGUCAAAACGAAACGGUCGUCGUUAGCGUUGCUCAAGAAGGAAUACGAGGAGCAAUCCAAGGUGCCGAACAGAAGCAGUCGGCGGAGAAAGAAGACCUUCGGGAAAAAAGCUGCUGGAAAGAAGCUUGCCGCGGCGACAAAAGAGCCGCCGUCAUCGCCAUCCGCAGCAGUUGAGACGACCGCUGCCGGUGCGACCGAGCAAGAAGUGGGCCCUGCUCCUGGGAAGGGCAUGUUUGCAGGGGUAAAGGAGACGUUGGAGGCCGUCAACAAGCAGAGCUACUACCAAGCCCUGGCAUUGAAUAAAGAGCUCGAGGAUAAAGGCGUCUUGCCGCCCUUGGAACGUACGCCAGGCCCUCCCGGCGGGGAGGUACAGGUUACUAUUGCCGAGGAGCGGUCGGAGGCACCUGAGUCGGCAGCACGGGCAACGGCUGUGCAGGGCGGGGCAGAGACUGUUGCUUCUCCUGCUGGUGUUGUUGCGUCGCAAGGCGGCGGGACGAAAAGACGAAAAAAGGGCAAAAAGGCGGGGAAGAAGGCAGGCAGGCGCGACAAGUAGAGCUCUUUGCGCUCUAGUGCUUUCGUGUGAUGUGUUAUUUGAUCUGAUCCCUACUACGCAUCGCGUUUUCCACUCGAGACUUGGCUGGCAUGACACGGUGGACCUGCAUCCCAAGGCAGCCGCGAUACGUUUCAGUUGUGAGGGCCACUGGAAGCUCAUGUGUUUCUCUCAAACACUAUCCUUGUUUGGACUUCAGUCUCCUUGGGUGCCCUAAAUGUAGCCUCUUCGGUUCCGCUUGCUCACACAAUGACUCGCGCUCGCCUCUCAACCCAAACGGAGGUAAACGAGGCCUUCGAAGAUAUGCGUACGAUGUCUCUUGUGGGGACUUGAUGUGCCCUACACAUUAGCGUUUGCUGUGGGUACAACGAUGACGUAUCUUCGCGUAAGGGAAGGAUGCGCAAUGCAUACAGGAGAAAAUUGGAGCCCUCACGGUGGAAAUGACUGCC